UUUUGAGGCUUUUUAUGGUAACAUCCCUACAGUCAUUCAAUUUGAAAAUAAAGUGUAUUUAGGUAGGUGGAAAUCAUGAGAGCUGGAGGCCAAAGUAUUGUUUGAUUUAAUGUCUAAGAAAUUAUGUGUUUAACUGCAAGUCAUCUGUCCUUUUAUGAAGUGUCAAAAAUGUGCACGAAGAAUUAUACAGUGAAGAAAAUGCCUGACAACUUCCCUUGUGAGACUAUAUGGAACACCAGAUGGCAGAAAAAGGCAGGAACUGCUGGUCAUCUGUAUUAAACCCAUUGUUCCAGAUGAGAUGAAGUGAAUGCAGCAGCAGCAGCAGCAGCAUCUCCUCUCUUCCACCUCAUCUUCCCCUUGUCCUCACAGGCUGGUCUCCUCCGACCCCUGUAAGACCCUGAUAGGUAUUUCAGCAUCUGCUUGGCAAAGCAGUAAUAGCAGCUGCAGGUAGGCUUCCAUAGGUGGUUGCUUCUGCUAUUCUUUUUUUUGUGCUCUUGGCAAAAUGUCUUCUUUGUGUGCCAGUUUUUCUGAGACGCAAGAAGGAGCAUGAAGUUGUGGUGAAACAGCAAUUCCACCAUUUCUUUAUGACUGUUAGGAAGGUCAUAAGAAAGUAACUUUGCUUUUAUCGUAGCUGGGUUAUUUUUUCUACUUGUAUCAAACCCUAUAUACCCUUAUGUGCGUUUGCUAUAGGUGAGGUAGAAUUUACACAGUCACACAGGGAGUUAGGAAGCGUGGUGACAUGAGCUCAGAUGUGUUCAGUACACACUAGGAACUGUUUUGUAGUUAGGACUUUCUGAUUCAAGUCACACACAAAAAGGAUCUGCAGCAGAAGCUGGGAAUCACCUGCUUUAUAGAUUCUCCUAGCACUUUAAAGAAAACUGCUUCUUUGCCACACCAGAAGUUUCCAUCUCUGUUUUCAGUGUUUGGUUUGAUACUGGCUGCUCUCCUGAUUUUCUUGGCCAUACCAAGUGUAUCAGUACAGUGAAAGGUAUGUCUCAUUCAUUUAAGACUCAUUCAAGCCUAAUCAGAAACUACGUGUUCUUCAAAGUGAGUAAGAUUGCUGCAAAGGGACAAUGUUCCUGUGCUAAUGUGACUUUGACCUGCUUACGCUAUUUUCUGCGCCAUUCUCAUGUGAAUGUGGGAGUUAGAGAUGAGUGCUGCUCCACAGAUCUGAAUCAUUUUGCCUGGAGUUAAUUUGUGAAAUCCUUUCAUUGAAGUGCUUGGACUCUCUCCCAGUGUUCUUUCACAUAAGCAGCAGACUUAACAUCCACAUCUCAUCAAAAGGCAGAGUUCUGCUAAACCUUUUCAGGUUUGAGACCCUCUGCAACUCCCACCCACAGCUAUACUUACUGUACUAAUCCUUUUACCAUGGAAGCUGAAGAAACGAUGGAGUGUAUCCAGGAAUUCCCUGAACACUAUAAAGUUAUUUUGGAUAGACUGAACGAACAACGUGAGCAGGACCAGUUUACAGAUAUCACUUUGAUUGUUGAUGGUCACCAUUUCAAAGCUCAUAAGGCUGUUCUUGCUGCCUGUAGCCAGUUCUUCUACAAAUUCUUCCAAGAUUUCACUCAGGAGCCCUUGGUGGAGAUUGAAGGUGUAAGUAACAUGGCAUUUCGUCACCUAAUUGAGUUCACAUAUACAGCAAAACUAAUGGUCCAAGGUGAAGAAGAAGCAAAUGAUGUUUGGAAAGCAGCUGAGUAUCUACAGAUGUUAGAAGCCAUCAAAGCACUUCAAAUCAGGAACAAAGAAAACUCAUCUCCUUUAGACUCAAAUCAAGCACAAGGAAACAAACCAAAAAAGAGGAAGGUAGCUGAAACCUCUAAUGUUAUCACAGAAACACUUCCAUCUGCAGAAUCGGAGCCUGUGGAAAUUGAGGUUGAGAUUGCGGAAGGCACAAUUGAAGUGGAAGACGACAGCAUUGAAACACUUGAAGAAGUGGCUUCUGCAGAGCAAUCCAUAAAGUACAUACAGACAACAGGUACAUCAGAUGAAUCUGCACUGGCUCUUUUGGCAGACAUCACCAGCAAGUAUCGUCAGGGGGAGAGAAAAUGCCAGAUCCAGGAAGAAGGUGAUAGUGCAACUGAUACCUCGUGCAAACAGGUAGAAGGUAUUGAAAUUGUGGAACUUCAGCUGUCACACAUGAACAAUUUAUUCCACUGUGAGAAAUGUAAUCGUUCGUUUAAAUUGUUUUACCAUUUCAAGGAACACAUGAAAACACACUCCACUGAGAGUUACAAGUGUGACAUAUGCAAUAAAAGGUACCUACGAGAGAGUGCUUUGAAACAGCACCUCACCUGUUACCAUCUUGAUGAAGGUGGUGCCAGCAAGAAGCAAAGACCUGGCAAAAAAAUACAUAUAUGCCAGUACUGUGAUAAACAGUUUGAUCACUUUGGACAUUUUAAAGAGCACCUCCGGAAACACACAGGUGAAAAACCAUUUGAAUGUCCAAACUGCCAUGAACGUUUUGCUAGGAAUAGCACACUUAAAUGUCACCUGACAGCCUGUCAGUCUGGAGCUGGAGCUAAAAAGGGAAGAAAGAAGCUGUAUGAAUGUCAGGUUUGUAACAGUGUGUUUAACAGCUGGGAUCAAUUCAAAGAUCACUUGGUAAUACACACCGGUGACAAACCCAACCACUGUACCCUAUGUGAUUUGUGGUUUAUGCAAGGCAGUGAGCUGAGAAGGCAUCUCAAAGAAAUUCACAGUAUUUCAGAGCGAAUAGUGACAGAAGAGGUUCUUCCAGUGGAAGCUGAACCAGUAACAUCAAUGACUAUAAUAGAGCAAGUGGAGCAAGUCCAUGUUCUUCCAGUAAUUCAGGUACAAGUGGAUCCUGCGCAGGUAACUGUGGAACAGAUGCACCGGGAUCUCAUACAGGACAAUCAAGUGAAAGACACACAGGUGGAUGAACUGCAAGAACAGAUGCAGAUUAGUUACUUGGAAGUCGAACACAUUCAGACUGAACAAGGUGCUGAAGUUCAUGUGGAGCAGUUACAUGUUGAGCAUGUAAAUCAGAUACAGAUGGAAGAAGUACAGGCAGAACUUAUAGAUGGAACAGAACUUGAACAAGUAGAAUAUGAAAGUGUUGAUCAAGGAAAAGCAGAAGAAAAGAAACCUAAUCAAGUAGAUGGUGGAGAUAAGGAAGAUCAUGAACAAGCUGAAGGCUUAAAGACUCAACAGUUAGUGGACAUGCAGAACAAAAAGGUGAACAACUAGGACAAGUAACAACACUGUGCAGAUACAUGAAUUAAAUACCAAGUUAUUUUUGUUAACUUUUA